GUGUAGCACUCCUCCCUGGCCCUCACCUGUCCCCGGCUUAUUAACUCCCUUCUCCUGUUAACCACCUAUUUCUGUGCCCCUUCUGCAUAGUCCCGUUCGAAACUUGGACUACAACGUCGGGUAUUGCCGCACAACUCCUGACUCUACGGCACCGUGAUCAUCAAUGAGUGGAGCCAAACCUAUUCUUGCUCAUCGUCUACCGGUGUCCGUUCUUGUCAAUGAAGAAGGACUGAUAGCGCCAGAAGCCAUUGGCCCGAGCAAGUUUGCGGUAACAUGGCCUGCAGAACCUCCGCCGCCUGUACUUCCACCUCUUGCACAAGCUGCAGAGCGCCAAGUUGUCCUCAGUUCAUCUGACGGGGAAUCUGAUUUUUCAGAGAAAGAUUUCUCCUCGUUGGGAGAGAAGCAAUCGCCGGCCGAGCUUUCAGACGAAUUCGAAAAUUCAUUGAGCCACCGCUUCCGGCCUCAGCAAGUCGCUCCUCACCACCACGAUGAAAACCCGAUUAUUCCACGGCUUUCUCGUGCAACCUCCAUGCCUCUGCCAUCACAGCUAGAACAUCUCAAAAAUCCCCGCAGGACCGCGCCUACUUCGCCUGAAAAGCCAAGCCAACCCCUCCCCACAGAUGCCAACUCUGAAUCCUCUCGGUUCCACGAGCUUUCGUUAGAACUCGCGGACUCUGUUCAGAUGGUUGUUCAAACGCUUUUACAGGUCUCACCAACACAAAUCCUCGAUCCCGCAAAAGAGCAAUUUGCUGCUUGCUCCCUCUCAGUCCCCACCGCCUGCAUGUCUGCUGUGUUCACGACAAUGAAGAACCUCAAUUACAUCUCUGCGAAUAUGCCAGAUCUAUGUGCUGACACGUUCCAUUCUGCUCAAUCCAGCAAUUCUACUUCGCCAUCCCGCCGAUUGACUUUGCCUGGACCACCUGUCACUGCGGCCACUGACUUCGAUGUUGCGGAGAUGCUACAAGGAGUUGGAGAUGCAUCGAGUGGGAGGGCUGCUGAAGUUGGCGUAGAUCUGGUAUUAUUCCAUAGCGACGUAGGGAUGAGGCAUAUUGCUGUCAAGGGGGUAGAGUGUGGAAUAUCUAAUGUGCUAACACAUGUCGUCCGUCAAAUCAUCAACACUGCACGCCGUGGCGACUCCAUUGAUUUGGGCCUUAGUAUCGCUUCGUCGAGCUUUUUUGGCUCAAAUAUGUCGCCUUCCAUGGAGAGACCAAGUUCGACAGCCAGCGGCGUCUCUUCACCCGUCCCCACGGAUGAAGAUGAAACCUUGUACUGCACGUUCGAAAUACAUCACCGUUUUCACUUGCUGGAUGUGCCAAUGGAUGUCACGACGCCUACCGGCACAAACCCCUCUGGCGUUCCAGAGCGCCCAGAGCCGAACUUUGAUUCGAUGUUGUUCCGAAGGCUACUUUUUCGAUGCGGCGCGUCACUUUCCUCCGAGGUCCCUGAUGACAUAAUGUCAAGAAGGACUUACGAAGUCAAACUCGAACUUCAGCGUGGUUCGCCAGAUGCGAUUACUGCCAAAUCCUCUGCAAUGUCUGAACAAUCUACCGCGCUCCUUAGUGGGGUUCGGUUAGGAACGGAGCCGUCUCUCGAAGAGCUUGCUCAAUUCGCUGAAACUUUGCGCGGGAAGAAGGUUACCUUGUAUGCAAGCACCGCAAGCUCAUUUGCACACCACCUGACGAGUUAUCUCACUGCUUGGGGGUUGGAUGUCAGUCACAUCUCGUCUGAGGCUGAUGUAGAGGGCAGUACAGGCUCCAAUGAAGCUCCUACCCCAUCAAGCCGGGAGCGUGGGUCACAGGAGCCUCGGGCCUCAUCCGCGAACGGUACCCCACGCUCAGCUCCGUCGUUAUCAUUUGUAAUGAUUGAUGACGAUGUCUCUGUCCUUCGGGAGAGGUUGCGCAAGUACAGGGCAGAGCAGCCAAUACCUCUCAGCCUUCACUCUCGAAAACGACCGUCUUUAGCUGCUCACCACCGCCCAAAGUCGUCACCACAAGUAGCCCGUACUCUAGGCUUCGGAUCACAGGCCCUACCUCAACAAAUCCCAAUAGUAAUCGUUCACUUCACCAGCCUAUCCAAUUACAAGCUGGUCAAGGAAGUCGUACAAUGCGAUCUCGCUUCCCACUCCUAUACAUCAUGUCCACCCGAAGUCAUGAUUAUUCCUAAGCCCGCGGGUCCACGCAGGUUCCUCACUGCGCUCCACACUGCUGUCACUAAGCCCAUCGUAGAUCCCUUCUUUGCCCCAAUUGCUACAUCACCACUGAGCCCUGGUUUGCACAACUCCCCCUUCUUUAAUGUAGCUCAGCCCAGCCCAAAAUCCCCUUCUUCUCGCCCAUCAAAUUCAACACGGUCCAACUCUGAGCGCUCUGCUCGAUCCGCAAGGGACAGUACAAGUGAACACCACUCACACGCACCUCCAUCACCCCUCGGUCUCGCGGAUAACAUGGAAUACUUCCCUGAAACUCAGAGCCCUGUAAGGCUUGGUCAGACGCCAUCCUCCGGCCUUGUUAUUUCGAGCCCCGACGGACAGCCUGCAGGCAUCAUCUUCCAGCCGCGUGCAAAAUCUACGAAGCCUAUCACACCCUCACCCAAUAGUGUUGCAGUCGAUCGGGAUAAACCGCAGUUUCUAUUGCCCAAUUCCGAUCGGCUACGGGGCACAUCCCGCCGUCUAUCCGACGGUGAACAGAAGAAGCAAGGUCAAUCACCGCUCUCAUUUGCGGCGUUGCACUCCAAUGUAUUGGGGGGUGCAUCUCCCCCUCGGCGAGAAACAUCUCCCAUCGAGGGUUUUGCCCCGAUUUCUACUACUCCUAAAGGAAAGGCAAAACGAGCGACUUCCCCCAAGGCCGAUGAACUUGCCCCUCCAUCACCGAUAUCUCCCCCAUCGCGUAACGCAAGCACCGUUGAUCUAAGGAAAAUUUCUUCCCCUCCAAGUUCUCCAACAGUGCCGGACCCUCAACCCAGUGUGCCCGCACGAAGACCGGGAAGGCGGGCAACCCAUGAUACGAAACCUUCAACACCCACCACUGUGCCAGGGAAGGCAGGCAAGGGUCAACCUGACUCAAGUAUCAUCCCUCCGAUUAGCGUGCUCAUCGUUGAUGAUAAUCCAAUCAAUCAGACUAUUCUGUCAACCUUCAUGAGGAGGAAGAAGAUCAAGUAUGAUGUGGCCAAGAACGGAGAAGAAGCGGUGCAGAAGUGGCAAAAUGGCGGUUUCCACUUGAUAUUGAUGGAUAUUCAAAUGCCUGUUAUGGACGGCAUCCAGGCGACUAAGGAGAUUAGAAGACUUGAAAGUUUGACAGCUGCUUCAGGCUACACCCCUGGAACUCCGCUAUCAGACACUCCUUCAGAAGGAGCGUUCUCCGAGUCUCGUGCUUCUGCAUCGCCCUACCGUUCUGCCGUCAUUAUCGUAGCUCUCACGGCCUCAUCACUCCAGAGCGACAGAGUGGCAGCCCUUGCGGCAGGAUGCAACGAUUUCCUGACCAAACCCGUGUCUUUGGAGUGGCUAAACAAUAAGAUCAUCGAGUGGGGGUCGAUCAAGGCUCUACAGAUGUGGGCUGACCUGCGGCCGGAGGUAGUGAAAACUAUCUCGACCGAGCAGACGGCUCAAGCCCAACUUGUGGCUCGUCGGCUGCACGUUCCCGAGGGUCGAACGACCCCAAUUGGCUCUCAAAGCAGAUCGUCAUCAAAAGCCAGAGGGGACAAAGGCGAUCCCCCUGUUGAACCUGAUUCUGACCUUGCUGCUAAACUCGCGGACCCGAAAAGAGAGGACAAGCCACCCUCGAAACCGGCAAAUGACUUGCCCGAUAAUGAUUCCCCCGGAUCAUCACCUUCUUCUGAAUCUUCUGAUUCCUUCGAGCAAUCUAGAGAGAACUCCGCAUCGCUCCCUGCCGCUCAUAAUCAUGACACGGAUGAUGCGGUCACCCAAUCUGAAUCUACGGCUGCCAAGGAUGCGCACGCGCGCACAGAUGUGGAGGAAUGCCAUGAAAGCUCGUCGGAAACGUCAUAUGCGACUGCAAGUGAAACGUCAACAAAUGCUUCCGAAUUCCAAGAUGCGCCGACAUCACCUCAAUGACUGCGUUGGGCGACCUUUGGAAGCUUUGCGAGGCUGGCCGCGCCUAUGGUCUUACCAUUAUAUCUGAAGGUCGCCGCGUUCUUCCGGAAAUAUUUUUAAUGAAUCAUAUACCUUGUAAAUUUUUUCUCCGUUGGUGUUGAUCACUUUUCAUGCUUCAUCUUGGGUUUUAUGGGGCCUGGCAUACGUCUGAGUGACUGACACUACUGGGUUAUAGUACGGUUAUGACACAUCAAUGUGUCUGGAUGGACAUUGGUAGCUAGUAAACAGAACGAUCUUCUCACCAUGGGCAAUAGAGUGAUUCGGAAGAUGCCUGAAUUUGACAAGUUGCGGGAAUUGGGUGAAGGUGUGCCAUGCCACUGCCAUGUGUGUACAUGCCUAGCUGGAGUGUAUUUGAGAGUAAAGACUUUGUCAAGGUUAAAUCAGGGGUGGGUGAGCGCAGUCAGGUUCGCGGAAGGAUGAGAUGAAUUUGCUAUACGCGGUCAACG